AUGGCAUCUGAUCGGAUCCCACAGCAGAUGAAAGCUCAGGUGUUGACUGAAUACAGUCAACCAUAUACUUUAAAAGAUCUAUCAGUUCCUGAGCUUGCGUCCGACAAUGACAUCCUCAUUAAGGUUGAUGCAGCAGGAGUAAGAGACAUCGAAGUAGCCAUAAUGGUAGACGCUGAUCAGUCACAACAGUAUUGCCACACCGAUGCCGUCCUUGCGGCUGGACAGAUGAAACCAAACCCUCCGAAGUUCCCGCAUGUUGGUAGCCACGAGUUUGCAGGUACGGUUGUUAAGACCUCAUCGUCAUCAGACAAGACGUGCCCGGUGGGGACCCGUGUUGGUGUUCCAGGCAGAGGUUACCACAUCUGCGGAACCUGCUUCGAGUGCAAGGACCCCAACAACGACUAUGCCGGAUACUCGAACUUCUGCGGUAAAGGCUUGAGCAACGGAUUGAGUAAGGACGGCGGCUUUGCCGAGUAUGCUGUCGUUGAUGCCCGACAAGUGGCGCUGUUACCGGAUGCAAUGAGUGCUGCCAACGCCGCCCCUUUGAUGUGUGCGGGAGUGACGAUAUACCGGGCUUUGAAGAGAUGCCGGUUAUCUGCAGGCCAGCGAGUAGGUAUCAUGGGAUGCGGAGGUGGCUUGGGGCAUCUAGGACUGCAGUUCGCCGAAGCGAUGGGCCUCAAAACUACUGGUGUAGAUGCGGCAGAUGGUCCUCUGAAGCUUGCCAACUCUUUGAGCUUGAAGAAUGUAAGAGUGGUAGACGCUCGCUCGACAAAGGCAGACGCCCUAGUCAAGGAGAUUGGCGAACAGGACGGCGUAGAAGAUCGGCCAAAUAUGGGCCUCGACGCAGUGAUCAUUCUUCCCGAGAGUCAAGCCAGCUUUGAGUACGGCUGCUCCAUCCUGAAGAACCAUGGCUUGUGUGUGGUAGUCAGCUUCCCGGAGGGUGGAUUCAACGUUUCGGCAAGGGACCUCGUAUUCAGAGACAUAUCUGUCGUAGGGACUCUGUUGGGCACCAACUCCGACCUUCAAGAAAUGGUGUCUUUUGCAUCGAAACACAACAUCAAGGCAAUCAGCAAGACUUACAGCCUCGCAAAACUCAACGAACUGGUGGACGAAUACAACAAAGGUGAGGGCGGCAAGCUCGUUGUUGAUAUGGCACUAUAG